AUGGGCAUCACGGUGACGGUGAGGCGGGCGACCAUGGUGAGGCCAGCCAAGGAGUUGCCGCGGUCUCGGCUAUGGAACUCCCACCUCGACCUGCUGGUGCCGCGCUUCCACACGCCAAGCGUCUACUUCUACCGCUGCCCUGAGGAGGGGCCGCCGGAGGGGUUUUUCGACGCCGAGCGGAUGCGGCGAGCGCUAGCUGACGCGCUCGUCACCUUCUACCCGAUGGCCGGCCGCCUCGCCCGGGACAAGGACGGGAGGAUUGAGAUCGACUGCAACGGGGAGGGAGUGCUCUUUGUCGAGGCCGACGCGCCCGAAGCCACCGUCGCCGACUACGGUGACUUUGCGCCCACCAUGGAGCUCAAGCGACUCAUCCCGGCUGUCGAUUACACGGACCAAAUAUCAUUCCCACUCGUCCUGCUCCAGGUGACCUAUUUCAAGUGUGGGGGUGUCUCCCUCGGUGUUGCCACACAACACCAUGUCGCUGAUGGCAUGUCCGGCUUGCAUUUUAUUAACUCAUGGUCCAACCUCUGCCGUGGAGCUAAAAUUGCAGUCAUGCCCUUCAUCGACCGCACCCUCAUCCGCGCUCGAGACCCUCCGACUCCAUGUUACCCACAUGUUGAGUACCAUCCAUCCCCAGCCAUGUUGUCAUCCAAGCCCCAGGAUGUCUCUUCUCCUGACACUGCUGUUGACAUCUUCAAGCUCACCAGCUCAGACAUUGGCCGCUUGCGCUCGCAGCUUCCCACCGGCGACGACAUGCCACGGUUGAGCACGUACACAUUGCUGUCUGCGCAUGUGUGGCGUUGUGUCUCUCUUUCACGUGGCUUGCCAUCUGAUCAGCCCACCAAGUUGUAUUGUGCCAUUGAUGGGAGGAAACGGCUGAAGCCGCCGCUACCGGAUGGUUUCUUAGGCAACGUUUUGUUCACCGCCACACCGAUCGUCGAGGCAGGCAAGGUGACCAGAGGGCUGGCGGAUGCAGCAAAGAUAAUCCAAAUGGAGCUAGAUAGGAUGAACGAUGACUACUGCCGCUCAGCAUUGGACUACCUUGAGCUGCAACCUGAUUUAUCGGCCUUGGUCCGAGGAGCACAAACCUACCGUUGCCCUAACCUCGGAAUCACCAGCUGGGUGAACCUGCCCGUCCACAAUGCAGAUUUCGGAUGGGGACGGCCGGUGUUCAUGGGUCCUGGCGGCGUCGCAUUUGAGGGGCUCGCCUACGUCCUCCCAAGCGCACACAAUGACGGGAGCUUGUCCAUCGCCAUCUCUUUACAGGCCGACCACAUGAACAAGUUCCGACAGUUGAUCUUGGCACUGUAA